AGUUGGGGGAGGGCAGUUCUCUCCCUGGCUGAGAGUUCUGUGGUCUGGGUCUAUCAACUGGAUAAAUUCUGCUGGAAGAUGGAACACAGCGGGUUUCUGAGUGGCCUGGUGUUGGCCGCCUUCCUCUUCCAAGUGAGCUCCUCAGCGAUGGAGGUGAAGGAAAUUGAGGAAAUGGUAUUUUUGAUUUGCAAUAACACCAAUGGCACCAUUGAAAAGAUAAUUGGAACAGAGAGGACAUUAGUGAAAAAUUAUGCUGUACACUUAGGAAAACGUAUGCUGGACCCACGUGGAUUAUAUGAAUGCAAAAAUAACAGUGAAAAUAACAAAGAUUUUCUGCAAAUACAUUAUAGAAUGUGCCAGAACUGUGUGGAGCUGGACUCAGGCACUUUGAGUGGCAUCGUGGUCUCUGACAUCAUAGCCACUUUGCUCCUUGCCUUGGGAAUUUACUGUUUUGCUGGACAUGAGACUGGAAGGCUCUCUGCGGCUGCUGACACUCAAGUUUUGAUGAGAAAUGACCAGCUCUAUCAGCCCCUCCGAGAGCGGAACAAUGACCAGUACAGUAGUCUUGGGGAAAACUGGCAUCGGAACAAGUGAACCUGAGACUGGUUGUGUGCAGGAGCAUCAGUUAUUGACCGUCCCUCCUCUCCCCGCUCAGCCAAUAAAGAUGAUCUCUUACACUCGGCAGGCCCGUGGACUUUUCAAAGUUCCUUGGGCGAGGUCCUGUCUUGGCUGCACCCUCGCCCUCCCUGCCCACCUGUGUGCCACCUUCAUCACUUUCCUCCCUCUGCCCCACGUGGACAGUGUGAUGGGCAGUCUCCACCAAGUCCUGGUCCUCUGGUGCUUCUGACCUGAUGGGCUGUAGGGGUGCAAGAUCCGCUCCACUCCCCUCCCUUGGCUACUUGCUGCCUUGAGUCCCCUAACACAUCCUUCCCAGAGGUUUGGCUUCCUCACCACAGCUGAGGUGAGGCUGCUGUGCUCAGCGGCCCAGCCCCACAGCAGUUUCCAUGACAUCAUGAGUGGAGGUGGAAAGACAUCAAGGACUGUGCACUCUUAUCAGGAGAUGGAGUGUGUAUGUGACACUUUUGCUAAGGGCGUGGCCUUGACCUCGUGACCCCUGUGGAGUGUGAGGAGGUCUCAGCCUAGACCCCUAGAGUCCCUUUUUCCCUGAAUGGAAGUUUCCAUUUAAUGUAUAUAUGCAUGUGUCUGUCUGUCUCUUUCCCCACGGUCUGUCCCUGCUCUGCCCUUGUCUUCUGCAUAAUAAAUUGGCA